AUGGCUGGGUUUGCUGUUGUUAGUGAAGAUGAAAGAAACAAGUAUCGUUUAUCAGUUAUGUGUCCAGUAGAGCUGUCUGUAUCUGAAAAUUUCAACGUUAAUUCCUUUAAAAAGCAUGAUACAGUUCUUGGUGUCCUUACUCCGCCCAAUUUCUUACCCCCUCCAAAUGAUGGCAUUGUGACAUAUAGUGGUCUGGGCUAUGAUGCUAAAUCUGGAGACUUAAAGGUGAUAAGACGAUAUGUUCAACAUUAUAUACGUAAAAUUGAUGAAACAGAUGGAGCAACUGGUUAUCAUGGUUGCAAGUCUCACACUGAGUUGUAUUCGUCGAAAGAUAAUGAGUGGAAGAAGAUUAAGCAUGCUGUUGGUUGUGUCGCCGCUGGUGUUGGUGUUUCUGUUGAGGAGACUGGGAGUUGUUAUUGGGUAGUAAGGGUUGACCCCUCGGAACAAAAGAUAAAAGAGUACCUCGAGAGGCACUCGAUUACUGACCCGUCGGCUCUUCAUGUUCUGUCAUUUGAUUUUGCUACUGAUAGCUUCGAACUCAUCCCUUUACCAGCCACAACCAUCAGAGCUUACUUUUUACUUUGUAAGGUUCGUGGUUCGAUAGGUGCUCUUGCCUAUUGGAAGUCUUGUUCUUCUGAGUUGUGUAUUAAGGCUUUUGUACUGGAAGGAACAUCGUGGGGUGUAUUAUGUGAUGAUAUCCCCCCACUUGGUGAUGUGGAGAGACCCUUGGGUUUAAAAGAUGAUCGCUGGUUGUUUGUUGAAGCAAAAGCGAGUGAUAGUGGGCAGCUUAUGGUUUAUGAUUUGUCUGAAAAAGAGUCCAAGAAACUCAAUAUCUACGACUAUCCCGUACGCAUGCGUGGUAUUUCUUAUGACGCCGAGAGCACAGAUCCACCACUGCCAUGUUCUACACCAAUAAGUGACUAUUAUCUGUCCAAGGUGAGGAGCGGUAAGGGGAAGGAGAAGAGCAUGGAGGGGAAGGUGAAGAAGAUGAGCCGCGGGAUGAAAGGGAAGGAGAAGAGCAUGGAGGGGAAGGUGAAGAAGAUGAGGCGCGGGAUGAAAGGGAAGGAGAAGAGCAUGGAGGGGAAGGUGAAGAAGAUGAGCCGCGGGAUGAAAGUACUUAAUAUGUAAGUACUUUGGAGAAACUCGUGCUAGCUUGUUGUUGGAUUUCCAAUAUGGAAAGUAGUAGAUGCAUGUUUAUGCUUGCACAAUGGAAAUGAUACAUUGCAAGAAAUUCCGUUCCAGGUUGAUUUGUGUUUGUUAGACUGAAUAUAUUCUGCUUAUGUUUUUACUAUAAUUCGUUAAUGCUAGUCAUAUGUACCACAACAAUGGCUGUUGAAAUGGACUAGGCUAGCUGUUGUUAGAGGCGCAGUUCUCUCUUUAUCUCUA